AUGGAGAAGGGCUGCGCCGGGGCCGCGAGCACCAAGGAUGAGCUUCGGCAGCCCCGUCCUCGUCAGCGCCAGCCGCCUCGCCGACAAAAUCCCAUCGUGAAACACACGAAGGGUCGAAACACCUCUUCCCUCAAUGAUCCUGUGCUUGACGAAGCACCACAAGCAGCAGCUUCAGCCACCUCGCAGUUGCCCGAAGCAGGUAGAGUUUCAGAAGGAUCCUCUCAUGUGCAGAGCGUUGUCAGUUGCGGAGGCAUAACAAGUGGUGGUAUUUCAAACAACGGUGGUUACCGUUUGGCCCCUCCACAUGUAUUGGUGCAACAAGAACACACUGCGUUACUAGCGGAGCGGGACAACUGCGACGAGGCGGCAUCGUGCUUACCCGCGAAAAGCUCCUCUGAGUGCGACGCAUAUUCGUUGCCUGGCCACAGUCACACUGCUGCGGGCGGAGUGCCCGCGGAGGACGGUGUCCACAGGACUGCCUUGAGUAAAGAGGAACGAGAAAGGGUACCGGAGCUUCGUAUCUAUAGGAAUAGCGAGUCUAGUGACGCGAAUGAAUUGCUGCCCAUUGCUGUGGCAAGUCCCAUGGAUAGGUGUUCCGAGGCCGAGGUGUUGUCCACAUCGCUAAAUGCGGAGCAGCAGAGGCAGCAGCCGCCGAAUGAAAACGAAGAAGACAAAGAAAAUGAGGAACAUUCUCACAUUCAGAGGACCGGAACACCUUCCGUUGCGGGCUUACCGGGAAUGUCGGUGAGACCAGGGAACUCUGCAACGAGCCCGCCGUUCCCUGACCGUGCGCUGAUGAAAUCGCACUCGAGUUCACUACGGAUGAGUGUGCCCACAAGUACGGAAAAAGAGGAAAGAGAGGAGGGGGAUGUCUUUUCUUUAUGGGGCAUCCAUCAGCAGCAGCAGCAGCAGCAGCAGUGCGACACGCAAAUCGACAACAGCAGGUAUGGAUGCCAGAGUAGCUCAAUCUCCUCGCAACCUGAGUCUUCGACGUAUCGGCGCCAGCGCAGUUACAACUUCACACCAGAGGUGAGUCUUUCACUUUGCCGACUUGUGGAUGAAAACGUCGUGGCAUCCCUCUCCCAAACAGUGGAACGGAUGAUGCCACAGCGGCAGAGGCAAUUAGUCUGCGUCGCCAAAUAUCUUACAGAGGCUAUUGCGCACGAGGCACGGAGUAAAGGCGUAAACUACGGCAGUUUACGUUACUAUGUGUUUGGAAGUGUUGCGAUGUGCACUGUAUUGCCGGAUGGCGAUAACGACGUGACGAUUGAUGUGGAAGGAAUUCUAAAUCCUAGCAAAAUUCUUGAGCGAGGAGAGACCUUUGUGGAUCCUCAAUCUCGUGCAGUGAGGAGCGAAAGCAGCAGCAGCAGCCACAACAAUAACAACAAUCACAACCACAACGAAAACGAUAACAGCGACAGCAACAAUAAUACUACUACUAACAAUAACAACGAUAUGUCGUUAUCUCAGGCUGCUGUCAUUGCAGGCGGUGAACUCCUCUCAGCUGUGGCGGAAUACUUGCGGCAACGCAGUACUCCGCUCUACGUUGACGCCCUGGUACUUGCUGAGGUCCGUGUCCUGAAGCUCGUUAUGGAAGGCAGCUGCUUUGACAUUACAGUGGGUCAGCUGGGUGGUGUAGAGUGUGUUCGCUUUUUGCAUGAGAUGGAUGUGAUAAUAGGAAGCCAACACCUACUACAACGAACCCUACUCUUGCUCAAGGCGUGGUGCUGCUAUGAAGCGCACAUCCUCACUGGACAGGGUGGAUACCUUUCUUCCUACGCAGCCACCAUCAUGCUCAUUGCCAUGAUGAAUACCGUGGAGUUCCUCGAGGACGUGGAUGCGGCGGCGGAAAAGGAAGACGAAGACGAAAGUAAACCGAGAAGUGGGCAACAAGAACCCUUCAAAAACGUUUCACCACUUCAACUCUUUUCACGUUUCCUUAAAUUCUUUAGUUACUUUGAUUUUGAGCGCUACUGUGUCACAGUAUUUGGCCCGCUUCCACACGCUUUCCUGAAGGGCACAUCGCUUGACCUCACUCGGCUAGAGUUUUCAGAGGGAAGCGGCGACAAUCGUGGGGAGCCGCCCAAUUCGCCGAAGCCUGAGACGAAGGAGAGCGCGUUCGAGGAGGUUAUUGAUGUGAACGUCCUGGGCCUUACUGCAGAGGGGGCGAGGGUCUUUGGACACUGCCUUCGUCGCCGUGCCAAGCCACUUAUAACAGUAAAUGGGGUGCGACACAUUUUAUACGAUGAACACAUACGUCGUCAGCAUGUUAGAACGAAGUCGCGUGGAUUACAACAUGAAAUGGGAGGGAUGGAGUCGGCCUCCGGCACUCCGGGGAACGGCAUUGGGGAUGUAGAGCAGCUGCCACUUAACUCCAGUGGCGAAGUGCCGGGAGACGCCAAUUUUCCCUGCUCCAACUUGGACACCAGUCACUUCCCCCUUCGUACGAUGAAUGUGAUGGAUCCGCUGCGAUGGAGUGCCAGCCUUUGCCGUGGAGUGAGUCGUAAUCACUUGCAGCGUAUCCGCCGCGCCUUUCGGGAGGGUCUGGCCCUAUUUGAAAGGGGUUCCACUAUCAUUGGUGACGCAUCUUUCUCUUCCUGUGCAGAGCAUAGUGAGGGCAGCGAUGCUAGCUGGGAGAGAUCCUCAAGAACGGGUGAACACUCAGCAAUUGUCUUGGAUCCUGUGAAACUGGUGGUGGAGCAAAGGAACCGUCUCGAGUCAAUUAAUGGUGUUUUAAAGGAUCUUUUUGGGCAUACGUUGGCAAUACUGCGGAGGCAUAUUUCAGACUCCUCAUCGUUAAUGCACCCACAACAGGUACAAUGCAGGCGUUGCCCUCGUCCAUCCUUUUUUUGCGCUUCACAUUUAAAACAGAUGUGUGAGCCGCAAUGCGUCUUUGAUCUUCAUGACACCGUGCAGAAUUGCAGGAACGAGCACGAUGCGGUUGGUUCCAGAGCACGGGGAACAAUUGAGGACGCAAAAGUAUCUCCAUUUCCUCCAAAUGUUUUAGGCGAACGAAACAACAGCCACUAUCACCACCAGCAGCGGCAGAAUCAACAACAACAAUUGCAAAUGUUAUCGAGUUCCGGAUCUAUGCUGUUAGGAACAGGACCAAUGCUGUCUACUCUUCCCCCCAAUCCAAAUGUUUCGCUACGGUUUGUGCCUUCCGUAUGUGGAAUGGCUUGGCAAUGUUCGGACAAGCAGCUCAAUAGGGAUUCCUGUAUGAACCAGAUGGCAAUAGCCCAGCAUCUCGCUCGUGGGGCACCACUGCUUCGACCUCGUACCAAAGUCACUUCUCUACUGGGGGGUCAACGCGUGCCCCAAGUAGGUGGCGUGUCGAAUAGCAAUUUAUGCCCCGCUGAUUCUGCUGCUUUCCAGUGUUACCCGGGGUUCCCAACAGCAGGAACUCUGGGACCAAGCUUUAGGACACCUAUCGAGCACAACGCGUUGGAUGGAGCUCCAACGGGUUUUGUGCCGUUGCCACUCCCUCCUCCGCCACCGCCUCCAUCUGUUUUAGUUUCAUCACCGUCUUUAAGUGACACUCGCUACCAGACGGCGACACUUUCUCAGAAGCCCCAAGGCGCUUCUAGUCGAUGCGUGGCAUCUCAUUCGUACUUGGACGUUUUCGGCGGUGGGAUAUACCCUUUCCAUCCGCCACCUGUGGACGCCUCAAAUUUGGUUGACGCAAAAAACAAAAAUGGACGCCUCUUUUGA